AUGAAGAAAUUUGUUGCUGAUAGCAGCGGAGGAGGUCAACACCAUCAACAGCAUCGCUCUAACGAUACCUAUACCUACACGACAAUGGGCUCUAUCCGUAGAUCAAAGACGAAGCGUCGCACUAGGGACUAUGACCAGGUCACCGCCGACAUGCGCUCGCGCAAACACCUGGCCCAGUUCCACGGCACCAAGGACGUCGAGGACCUGCCAGGUCUGGGAAAACAUUACUGCGUCGAGUGCGCAAAGUGGUUUGAGAGUGAAUACAACAUGGUCGCCCACAGGAAGGGGAAGAACCAUAAGCGGAGACUCCGAGUGCUUCGUGACGAGCCUCAUACCCAGAAGACGGCUGAGGCGGCCAUCGGGCUUGGGGUUGUAGAUAACGGCCUAACGACCAGGGACAGCAGUAUGGCCAUGGAGGUUGAGACCGAGGUGUGA